AGCCCCGAACGAAUAUUGCUUGUUAACAAUGAAAUUCGUUGAACUCGAAAGGAAUUCUGCACACACAGCCUUUAAUGUGGAAAUCUAGAGCUGAUUAUAUGUUCUCUUUCCAAAGGGCAUGGCUGCUCCCGUCUUCCUGCUUGUUUUUGUGUGCUCUGCUGACCUCGUGUGGAGAGUGUCUUCUGCCGACACUGUAAAAUUGGACUGCCCAGCUGUGAGCUAUGGGACCUACGGCCGGGACUCACGGAUCCAGUGCUGGAUGAAGGGCAGCCCUGGCCUGAACGUGUUUUGGAUGAUGUGGAAGAGGGUCCCCUCUGAGGCUCCCCUUCCCGCCCCUUCCCUCUUCAGCGUAGGAAGGGGGAGUGGGAAGCGUUUCGAAUCGGGCUGGGACAGGAGCAGCAUGGAGGUGUGGCUGCUGGUGAAAAGCGUUCAGGUGGCCGACGGAGGUCGCUACGCGUGUUUGGUGUUGACCAACCGCGGUUACGCUGAGCGUAGCGUCAGCCUGAAGGUCAUUGCCCGGCACUCGGAGCCCAGCGUGUGGUCGGUCCCCGAGAGGAACAUCGAGGAGGACGGGGAGGUGACCAUGUUCUGCAGGGCGCUGGGAGGGUUCCCCCGCGGGGCCGUGCGCUGGUUCGACCAGUACGCCACCAACUGGACGCGCAGCGCCAGGACGGACGCGCGGGAGCGGGAGGACGGGCGCUUCGACCUGACGAGCGCGUUUCGCGUGCGGAGAGUCUCCUCCGCCUCACCUGGCUACAGGUGCUGUGUGAUCGGCGCCGACGGAGACAAAGAGGGCGAGGCUGAGAUUCAUCUCGCGUUUCGUGAACCCGAAAAGCGAGUCCAGCGGUGGAGCAACAACUCGAUCGUGGCGGUCAUCGUGGUGGCGGGCUCCCUGAUCACGGGACUGCUGCUCCUGGCGCUGCUGCAGAGACGGCGACCGCGGCAACAGCAUGGAAGACAGGAAAUGGGCCCUUCGGUCAUGCUUAUGGGGAUCCCUUCAGAAGCCGAGUUAAUUUGUGUUAUAAUGAGGUAUAUAUGGAAGAAGAGGACAUCCAAAAUAAGGAAGAAGGUCCUGAAACAGAAGAAGAGGAGAAGACCACUUGUUAGACCAUUAAUCAAGACCACAACAACCGUGCGGCGUCUUCAGUUCUCAGUCUGUCCAAUUACAAAAGCCAGCAUGGUCAUGCGACGACUUUGGUAAUCCGUCUGACCAGUGAUGAUUGGCAGCUGCCAACGUGAUGACUUCAGGACCUGCAUCGUCUUGUGAAUGGAUGUCUGGACACUCUGAAAAACAGUGAAAACCAGAAGUAGACCGGUGUUACCGCCUGUAGCAUGAUCCGUUCAAUCCUUCGGAUAUCGAGCGCUGAAAUGGAACAUCAGCCCUUCCGUCUUUAAUUGCUUAGUUGCACAAUUUAAUAAAACUUUAUAUCAAUCUGAAACUCAA